CUGUCAGUCAGCGCGGCGGCGCCGGGACGCGCCGGGCGCAGCGAGCGCAGCGGAGCGGCCACCGCGGGCUCGGCUCGGCUCGGCUCGGCUCGGCGCGCCCUCAGCCCCGGCCCGCGGCUCGCCCUCCCGCCGGUGCGAUGCUGCUGCCGCUCGCCGUGCUGCCCUGCGCCUUCGUCCUGCUGCGGGCCGCAGCCUCUCUCCAAGUGGACAUCGUUCCCAGCCAGGGGGAGAUCAGCGUUGGAGAGUCCAAGUUCUUCUUAUGUCAAGUGGCCGGUGAGGCCAAGUUCAAGGACAUCUCGUGGUUCUCCCCGAACGGGGAGCGGCUCAGCCCCAACCAGCAGCGCAUCUCGGUGGUGCGCAACGAUGACUUCUCCUCCACGCUCACCAUCUACAACGCCAACAUCGACGACGCCGGCAUCUACAAGUGUGUGGUCAGCAGCCCCGAGGAGGGCGACUCCGAGGCCACCGUCAACGUCAAGAUUUUCCAAAAGCUGAUGUUCAAGAACGCUCCCACCCCUCAGGAGUUCAAGGAGGGGGACGAUGCUGUGAUCGUGUGUGACGUGGUCAGCUCUCUGCCCCCCACCAUCAUCUGGAAGCACAAAGGCAGGGAUGUCAUCCUAAAGAAGGAUGUGCGCUUCAUCGUCCUGUCCAACAACUACCUGCAGAUCCGGGGCAUCAAGAAGACAGAUGAGGGCACCUACAGGUGUGAGGGGAGGAUCCUGGCCCGAGGGGAGAUCAACUUCAAGGACAUCCAGGUCAUCGUGAACGUGCCUCCCUCGGUGCGUGCCAGGCAGAGCACCAUGAAUGCCACCGCCAACCUCAGCCAGUCUGUCACCCUGGCCUGUGAUGCUGAUGGCUUUCCCGAGCCCACCGUCACCUGGACCAAGGAUGGAGAGCCCGUGGAGGAGGUGGAGGACGAGGACAAAUACAGCUUCACGUCGGACGGCUCCGAGCUGAGCAUCCACAGGGUGGACAAGAGCGACGAGGCCGAGUACAUCUGCAUUGCUGAGAACAAGGCUGGCGAGGCCGACGCCACCAUCCACCUCAAAGUCUUUGCCAAACCCAAAAUCACCUACGUGGAGAACAAGACGGCCAUGGAGCUGGAGGAUCAGAUCACGCUGACCUGCGAGGCCUCGGGGGACCCCAUCCCCUCCAUCACCUGGAGAACCUCCAGCAGGAACAUCAGCAGCGAGGAGAAGGCUUCGUGGACCCGGCCCGAGAAACAAGAGACGCUGGACGGGCGCAUCGUGGUGCGCAGCCACGCGCGCGUCUCCUCGCUGACGCUCAAGGACAUCCAGUACACGGACGCGGGCGAGUACGUGUGCACGGCCAGCAACACCAUCGGCCAGGACUCGCAGGCCAUGUACCUGGAGGUGCAGUAUGCCCCCAAGCUGCAGGGCCCCGUGGCCGUGUACACCUGGGAAGGGAACCAGGUGAACAUCACCUGUGAGGUGUUUGCCUACCCCAGUGCUGUCAUCUCCUGGUUCCGGGACGGGCAGCUCCUGCCCAGCUCCAACUACAGCAACAUCAAGAUCUACAACACCCCCUCAGCAAGCUACCUGGAGGUGACCCCGGACUCGGAGAAUGACUUUGGGAACUACAACUGCACGGCCGUGAACCGCAUCGGGCAGGAGUCCUCCGAGUUCAUCCUGGUGCAGGCAGACACGCCCUCGUCGCCCUCCAUCGGCAGGGUGGAGCCCUACUCCAGCAGUGCCCAGGUGGAGUUCGAGGAGCCCGAGGCCACGGGCGGGGUGCCCAUCCUCAGGUACAAGGCGGAGUGGAGGGCGCUGGGCGAGGGGCUCUGGCACUCCAGGCUCUACGAUGCCAAGGAAGCCAACGUGGAGGGGACAGUGACCAUCACGGGGCUGAAGCCUGAGACCACGUAUGCAGUGAGGCUGUCAGCAGUCAAUGGCAAGGGCGUGGGGGAGCUCAGCCUGCCCGCCGAGUUCAAGACACAGCCAGUCCGGGAACCCAGUGCCCCCAAGCUGGAAGGUCACAUAGGAGAGGAUGGCAACUCCAUCAAGGUGAACGUCAUCAAGCAGGACGACGGCGGCUCCCCGAUCAGGCACUACCUGAUCAAGUACAAAGCCAAGCACUCCGCGGAGUGGAAGCCCGAGAUCCGGCUGCCGUCGGGCAGCGACCAUGUGAUGCUGAAAUCCCUGGACUGGAACGCCGACUACGAGGUGUACGUGGUGGCCGAGAACCAGCAGGGCAAGUCCAAGCCCGCCCACUACGCCUUCCGCACCUCAGCCCAGCCCACGGUGAUCCCAGCCAGCACUAGCCCUGCCUCGAGCCUGGGCACCGCUGCCAUCAUUGGCAUCCUCGUGGUGGUCUUCGUGGCGCUGCUGGUGGCCGUGGAUGUCACCUGCUACUUCCUGAACAAGUGCGGGCUGCUGAUGUGCAUCGCCGUCAACAUGUGCGGCAAGUCGGGCCCGGGGGCCAAGGGCAAGGACAUGGAGGAGGGCAAGGCGGCCUUCUCGAAGGAUGAGUCCAAGGAGCCCAUCGUGGAGGUGCGGACGGAGGAGGAGAGGACCCCCAACCACGACGGGGGGAAGCACACGGAGCCCAACGAGACCACCCCGCUGACAGAGCCAGAGCACCCCGCCGACACUGCGGCCACCGUGGAGGACAUGCUGCCUUCUGUCACCACGGGCACCACUAACUCUGACACUAUCACUGAAACCUUUGCCACUGCCCAGAACAGCCCCACCAGCGAGAGCACCACGCUGACCUCCAGCCUUGCCCCGGCUCCGGCCGCGGCCGCUCCCGACGCCGCCGGCCCCGGCCAGGCCACCCCGGCCAAAGGCGCGGCCGCCGCCUCGGCGUCGUCACCGCCGCCCUCCUCCAGCCCCAAAGUGGCCCCACUUGUCGAUCUCAGCGACACCCCCAGCUCCGCUCCGGCCGCCGGUAAUUUAUCUUCAGGUGUCCUGCCGGGGCAGGCCGUGCUCAGCCCCAGCGCCGCCGACGCCGCCAAAGCCGGGAGCAAGGCGGCCGCCCCCAGCCCCGCCAGCCUCGCCAGCCCCGCAGCUCCCUCAGAGGCCAAGCAGGAGGUGGCCAAGAGCCCCGAGAAGGAGCCCGUGCAGCCCAGCACGGUGAAGAGCCCAGCAGAGACCCCCAAGAACCCGAGCAGCGUGAAGAGCGAGGCUGCCUCGGGCAGCGCCGCCAACCCCUCGCAGAACGAGGACUUUAAAAUGGACGAAGGGACCUUCAAGCCACCAGACAUUGACCUUGCCAAGGAUGUUUUUGCAGCUCUUGGCACUGCUUCUCCUCCUGCUGCCAGCGGGGCUGGUGGGCAAGCCCCCGAGGCUGCUGCUGCCGCUGCAGACAGCUCUGCCCCUGCAAAGACCGAGAAAAUGCCAGCAGAGGAGCAAGGCGCCGCGCAGGACAGGAAGAGCCCCGCGGCAGAAGUGAAGACGGUGCCCAACGAAGCCACACAAACAAACGAGGGCGAGAGCAAAGCAUGAUCAGCACGGCAGAGGGGACGGCGGAAACCUCCACCCGAGCAUUGAAAUCACAACCCACACACCCAUCUCAUUCCUCUAGUGUCUGUUGCCUUUUUUUAAAAGAGAAAGACAAACCAACCAACCAGAAAAAUGCAUAAAUGGGGGGAGGGAGGGAAUGUCUCCUUUUUCUUUUUUUUUUUUCCUCUUACUUUCUUUUUUUUUCUCUUAUUUUCUUUUUUUUUUAAUUUUAAUUUCCAUUUUUUGCUUUCUUUGAGAUUUCUAGAAAGGUUCUAUUCGUUGUGCACUUGCUUUUAAAAAGUAAACCAUGUUAAAAACAGGGUUAAACCCGUCACCAAAUCAGGGCUCAGCUGGCCCUGUGUAUAUUCAAAAAAGCAAACAUUGCAGUGCUGGUUGCAAUGUGGUUGGGAAGCUCAAAAUCAAGUAGUCCUAGAUGCAAAAAAAACCACAAAAAAGACAAAAAAAAAAGAAAAGAGACCCUGUUGUUUCCUUUGUUAGUAUAGCAGAGAUAGCCACUGUGCUGCUGGGCACAGCUGGUGCUUAAAGAACAAAGUCCACAAUUUAUUUUUAUACUUUUCAGUCGAGUUUGAAAUAUGUAAAGCCUCAUAAAUAAGUUAUAAUUUCUGUUCACCUUGUAUCUGGUCAGUAUGCAAAGUGUCUCGAGCUCUUUGUGACUGAAUCCUGCUCGCCACGUUAGACCUUUAUUUGGGGUUUAUUAUUAUUGUCUAUUUUUUAGGAAGAAUGCCAAAAUUGCAGCUUUGGGGGAUGUAUUUCAAUUUGCAGUAUUCAGACUCUACAUUUCUUUUUUCCAAUUUUACGUUCCAUUUUAAUUUUUUUUUUUUUUGUUUUUGUUUUGGCCAACUUCGGUUCUUUCCAGUGUUUACAAUUGACAGAUAUUUUUUUAACUUCUGUUGUGUUGAAAUGGAUGUGUAAAAUAGCUGCCUUUUUUUUUUUCCUUUUUUUUUUUUUUUGGUUUUUCAGUCAAUCCAGUCCUGUAGACACUAGGGUAGCAGCAUGCUUGCUUUGCAAAGGGAGACAUUUUCAACCAUGGAUGUUUACAGUAGUCGUUUCCCCUUUUCUCUUUUCUUAAUUAUUGUUAUUAUUAUUAUUAUUGUUAUUAUUAUUAUUAUUAUUUCUUACUGGAGUAAGAAGAAAAGCGAUGCUGGGGUUUGGUUUGGGGUUUUUUUUGGGGGGGUGGGUGUGUUCAAACCACUUGCCACCAGUCAAGGGCUUUAGCCAGCAAUCCCCAAACCUGCUUGGGGUCAGGGAGUUGCUGGAGAAAAUCCUUCUGUGCUUAAAAUUUCGUUUGAAGUCCCUCGCUGGACCUGGGCCUGACUGCAUAAGAGAAAUAUCAUCUCUGCUUUUUUAGGACAUUCUCCCCUUUCCUUCACGGAGCCCUCCCGCAGCUCUGGGGGGCACAAGGGAGGUUGGACAGUUUGGGCUGGUCUGGGCUCAGGUGUGUGACCAAAUCCAUCCCUCCUGAUUGGGGCAGAGAGUUCCAGUUGCAGAAAAAUCCCAAUUUCAGCAAAUUCCGAUUUCAGUAAAUUCCAAUUUCAGCAAAUUCCAGUUUUGGAAAAUAUCAAUUUCAGAAAAUAUCCAUUUCAGAAAAUAGCAAUUUCGGUAAAUAGCAAUUUCAGAAAAUCCCAAUUUCAGUAAAAUCCCAAUUUCAGUAAACACCAAUUUCAGUAAAUUCCUAUUUCAGUAAACAUCAAUUUCAGUAAAAACCAAUUGCAGAAAGUCCCAGUUUCAGAAAAUCCCAAUUUCAGUAAACACCAAUUUCAGUAAAUCCCAAUUUCAGUAAACACCAAUUUCAGUAAAUUCCUAUUUCAGUAAACACCAAUUUCAGAAAGUCACAAUUUCAGAAAAUCCCAGUUUCAGAAAAUCCCAAUUUCAGUAAACACCAGUUUCAGAAAAUCACAAUUUCAGAAAAUACCAUGUCCUCUGACCCUAAAAGUAAAACCCAAAAGCAAAGAUUUUUUUUUCCCCACAGGUGCUGGGCAGACCCCAGACCCUUCCUGCAGGUCCAGCUCCAGCAGGACCAGCCCUGGAAUCAGGAGCAGGAAUUCUGUGCCAGGGCCAGCCCUGGGCAAGGUUGAGGCAGCACCCUAAAAAUUAAAUUAUGGAUGGGGGAGCUGAUCAGUGGGAUUUGUUACCAGGAAUCGUGGAGCACACUGAGAUUUGGGGGCUGAUCAGUGGGAUUUGUUACCAGGAAUCGUGGAGCACACUGAGAUUUGGGAUGGGGAGCUCAUCAGUGGGAUUUGUUAUCAGGAAUUGUGGAGCACACUGAGAUUUGGGAUGGGGAGCUGAUCAGUGGGAUUUGUUACCAGGAAUCGUGGAGCACACUGAGAUUUGGGGGUGAAAAGGAGCUUUGAGCAGAAGGAAGGCAGAGAGUGUAGGGAGAGACCAGCCCAUUGUAUAGAGAUGUUCCUCCUGUUGGGGUUUUGGAUAUUAUUUCCUCCUUUUUUUUUAAUUUUUAUUUUAUUUUCCCUUUUAUUUUCUUUUUUUUUUUUAAAUUCUACUUUAGAUCUGCAAGCUUGUGCACUGUGGGUGCGUGACUAUUUUAGUGUGAACCGUGUUUUUUGUCAUAGUAUUGAAAUAAUAAAAGCUUCAACAUAGUUUGGAUGUGGAAGGUGUAGCGCUAGUUCAGAUUUGAGAAACAAAAAUAAAAAAUACCAACAUUCAGGAAUUAAUUUAAAACAAAGAGAGAAAGAGAACAACUCUUAGAAAGAGCAGAAGCCUUGAAAGGAGAGAAGCGAGCCGAGGUGACUCCAGGAGGAGGAGGAGGAGGGGUGUGGAGGCUGUGUCCGUGUGUUUUUUGGGAACAUGCACUCUGUUCCAGCGGCAUCCCACCAUCCCAGCUGUGAGAAACAAUGCUCUUGUCUUUGCUAACUGUGGGGUUUCUUGGUUUUGUUUUGCUCAGCUCCUGGGGGGCACGGGGAGGGUGCAGCCCGAGGCUGCCCCCCGCUCCUGGCUGGAUUUUGGGCAGGAUGGGGCCUCGUCCCCAAAGCCAGCCCCGGUGUCACCCUCACAGCAGUGUCCCUGACCUCUGGGGACCUUGGUCACGAGGAUUCCUUUCUUUUCCUCAAAGAAAUGAGUCCAUAAACCAGUUGGGCAGCAGCGGUGCCUCCAUCCCCGGGGGUGAGCACAGUUUGUCCCUUUUUGUGCCCAGUUUUGGCUGGUUUUGUCACCUGUGUGUGCUGUGACCCACAAAGCUCAGCAGCUGGUGGGAACCACAGCACCACCCCAAAAACCUGCCCAGGGACCUCCACCAGCACCUGCCAGGGGCUCUGGGGGAGAUCCCCACCUGGACUGGAGGGUUUGUCUCCCAAAAGGGGACGAGCUCAGAGCCCAGCCCAGCACCCGUGACAGUCUGGGGUGGCACUGGCUGGGAUUUCAGGUCCCUUCCAUCCCAGAGCUCUGGUUUGGGGUGGAUGGAGCGAGCUCAGGAGGGAGCAGCUCCUUCCAGUGACCGCCCCCACACCGUGCUGGGCUCAGCAGCAAAGAAUUCCAGAUUUCAUUUCCAGCUGCCCCGGUCCAGCCAGCUGCAGCCUCACAGCUGGGACCUGUCCCCUCAGGGGACACCAGCCUGAGCGUGGUGGCACUGCCGUGGCUGCUCCGGGCUUGGUGGCACUGCUGUGGCUCUGUGUGUCCAUCCCCAGGGUUGGUGACACUGCUGUGGCUCUGUGUGUCCAUCCCUGGGGUUGGUGGCACUGCCAUGGCUGCUCCAGGCUUGGUGGCACUGCCAUGGCUCUGUGUGUCCAUCCCCAGGCUUGGUGGCACUGCCAUGGCUCUGUGUGUCCAUCCCCAGGCUUGGUGGCACUGCCAUGGCUGCUCCAGGGUUGGUGACACUGCCGUGGCUCUGUGUGUCCAUCCCAGGGUUGGUGACACUGCCAUGGCUCCGUGUCCCUCCCGGGGCUGGUGACACUGCUGUGACUGCUCCAUGUGUCCAUGGCUCUGUGUGUCCAUCCCUGUGGUUGGUGACACUGCCAUGGCUUCUCCAGGGCUGGUGGCACUGCCAUGGCUCUGUGUGCCCAUCCCCAGGCUUGGUGGCCCUGCCAUGGCUCUGUGUGUCCAUCCCUGUGGUUGGUGGCCCUGCCAUGGCUCCAUGUCCAUCCCAGGCUUGGUGGCCCUGCCGUGGCUCUGUGACCCUCCCGGGGCUGGUGACACUGCUGUGACUGCUCCAUGUGUCCAUGGCUCUGUGUGUCCAUCCCUGUGGUUGGUGGCACUGCCAUGGCUUCUCCAGGGCUGGUGGCACUGCCAUGGCUCCAUGUCCCUCCCGGGCUGGUGGCACUGCCAUGGCUCUGUGUCCCUCCCAGGCUUGGUGGCCCUGCCAUGGCUCCGUGUCCCUCCAGGGCUGGUGGCCCUGCCAUGGCUCCGUGUCCCUCCCAGGCUUGGUGGCCCUGCCAUGGCUCCGUGUCCCUCCCAGGCUUGGUGGCACUGCCAUGGCUGCCCCCUGCCUGUCCCCAGUGCCGCAGGAGCGGUGCCAUCUCGUGCUGCACCAUUCGUGCCGGUGACAAUAGUGCGUCCCGCCCGUCAGCUUCCAGAGUGGCGUUUUCUUUCACCCUUCCCCAGGAGCCUUCAGGGCCCGCGUCCUUCACCACCAGGCUGUUCUGAUCGUUGUUCUCAGCCCCUCCAUGGCCAUCCUUCCCCAGCAUUCCCUACUUUUGGGGGCCUUCUAUCUUGUUAAAAAACGGAAAAAAAAAAUCAAAAAAUCUUUUUACCGAGUGAAACAUCGACUCCACCUUUAUCCCCAUUCUCACUGGUGUAAAUACUGAUACUAACUGAGGAUUUUGACUUUGCAUUCUGUCAGAAUACUGUGUUCAAAUAAAAACUACAAAAAAAAAAAAAAAAAAAAA